AUGCAGAGUGAUCCGAAGCCGACACCGCCAUGGAACGAAGACAUCCGAAAGCUGCACCAGUUCAUCGAGGACCAGUUCUGUCGACAGGCAGUGCUGCUCCAGGAGCUGACACGACCUCUUCGGUUUGCUCAUGACAAGCUGGCACCUGCUGUUGCUCCUGUCCUGCGGCCACCGGAGGGGGAGACGAAGGACUUGGACGUGAUUUCCGAGACAUCGGGUGCUGGCAUCAAUAUUCGACACAUUGAAAGGCAUCCAGGCACCGUGCUGGCUUCUGGCGGGCGCACUGAGAAAGCUGACAUGCAGUCGGAGACGUCUUUGAACAAUUCUGCAGCGGCAAGCGUGGCCGCAGAAGUUGCAGAGGCCAGAAACAAGGAGCUCGGCGAAGCUGACACGGAGAAGCGGGUGACACUGUCUUUUCAGAUGCCCGAAGACCCUCAGGAUGUCCAAGAUUUGGCAGCCUUCGAUGAAAACUGGGAGCCUACAGCCAGGCCGAGUGUCACCGAAUCUCCGGCGAAGCGCUCGCGCGACAGUUCGCGGCAGACCUUCGUGCGGGCCAAGCUCAGCCAACACCAAGAAAAGGCUGCAGCUGCCGCCCGCCUGGUGCGUCAAGCCAGCGCCGUCAAGCCGAAGCGCUGCCGGCCCAGCGCAAAGCAAGUGGUGAUGUCUCGAGUGUUUGCCUACGGCAUCAUCUGUCUGAUUAUUGUGAAUCUCGUCCUGCUGGGCAUCGAGGUGGAUAUCAGCGCUGGCCUCCCUCAAAACGAGGCAUGA